CCCCGGAGAAGCGUUGCACAAGCCCGGACACACAGUUACUGCGACUCGGCAGUCCCCCCGGUAUCACGAAAGCGGCCGACCGCAGCGAGAGGAAUCCGCGUUAAGUCUCUUCCUCGCCUUGUCUGGACACAGACCAGCAUUUCUCCCCUUUCUCCUCGACUAAAUCGGACGGAAAACGAAGCGGCCAGCAACUGCAGGAAUAUCUCCUCGUGUCUGCCCGGAUAUUUCCUACCGAAAUGGACGGAUUCGCCGGCAGUUUGGAUGACAGCAUCUCGGCAGCGAGUGCGUCGGACGUGCAGGACCGUCUCUCGUCCCUGGAGCUGCGGGUGCAGCAGCAGGAGGAUGAGAUCACCGUGAUGAAGGCCGCGCUGGCCGACGUGCUGCGGCGCCUGGCGCUGUCCGAGGACACGGCCGCCACCAAGAAACAGACCAGCAGCAAAGGACAGAACCCCCUACGCGAGGCCUACUCCAUGUCCUGUAUCACCAAUGGCAGCUCCAGCAGCCGCAAACCAAGUCACAGAGACGGUUCCUCUGUAUCCGUCGCCCGGAAAGAGACCGUCUCCUCUGCAGCCAAGAGUGGUCCAGAGAAAAAGAAGGACAAGCCUCAGAUGGAGGGGAUCAAGGAGAAGGAGGAGCCACAGGCUAACGAUAAACCUCCAGCCAGCCCCCAGGCGCCAUCCCCCUCCAGCUACCCCCCUUCCCCCCACCCCCCUCAGUCACAGAGGCAGUCCCAGGAGAGCAAGAGCUCCAGUCCAAUCAAAAGAGGCCACAGCACCAAGCGGGGGUCGGGCAUGGAGCGCUCGCAGAGCAGCACGUGGGAGAGCGGGGAGGACAGCAGGAACAAGCUGGUGAAGGCGGCCUCCACGUCCAAGCUGCUGGCCAAGGUGGUGAAGAACGCCGAGAAGCACAAAGACCCAGUGAUCAGCCAAGCCAAAAUGUCAACUAGAGAAAAAAACAGCCAAGAGGGGGACUACAUUAAGAUGUUCAUGAGGGGACGUCCCAUCACCAUGUUCAUCCCGUCGGACGUGGAGAACUACGAGGACAUCCGGACGGAGCUGCCACCGGAGAGACUGAAGCUGGAGUGGGUGUACGGCUACAGGGGUCGCGACUGCAGGGCGAACGUGUACCUGCUGCCCACGGGAGAGAUGGUGUACUUCAUCGCCUCAGUGGUCGUGCUCUUCAACUACGAGGAGAGGACGCAGCGCCACUACCUGGGCCACACCGACUGCGUAAAAUGCCUGGCGAUCCACCCUGACAAGAUCCGCAUUGCGACCGGGCAGCUCGCCGGCGUGGACAAGGACGGUCGGCCCCUGCAGCCCCACGUCAGGGUGUGGGACUCGGUCAGCCUGUCCACCCUGCAGGUCAUCGGCCUGGGCACCUUCGAGAGGGGUGUCGGCUCGCUCUCCUUCUCCAAAGCCGACUCAGGUAUCCACCUGGGCGUGAUUGACGACUCUAAUGAGCAUAUGCUGACCGUCUGGGACUGGAAUAAGAAAUCCAAGAUAGCAGAAAUUAAGACCACGAAUGAAGUGGUGCUAGCAGUGGAGUUUCACCCCACGGACGCCAACACCAUUGUCACCUGCGGCAAGUCCCACGUCUUCUUCUGGACCUGGAGUGGUACCUCGCUGGCACGCAAGCAGGGCAUCUUUGGGAAAUACGAGAAGCCGAAGUUCGUACAGUGCCUGGCGUUCCUCAACAAUGGGGACAUUCUCACAGGCGACUCUGGGGGCAUAAUGCUGGUGUGGAGCCGCAGCACGGUGGAGCCUGCCCCGGGGAAGGGGCCGAAAGGUGUGUACCAGAUCAGCAGUCAGAUCAAGGCCCACGACGGCAGCCUGUUCACUCUGUGCCAGAUGAGGAAUGGCACUCUGCUGACAGGAGGGGGAAAGGACCACAAGAUCAUCCUGUGGGACCACGACCUGAGCCCAGAGAGAGAGAUCGAGGUCCCUGACCAAUACGGAACCAUUCGUGCUGUGGCCGAGGGGAAGGGGGAGGAAUUUUUGGUGGGCACAUCGCGAAACUUCAUCCUGAGGGGGACGUUUAAUGAUGGUUUCCAGGUUGAAGUGCAGGGUCACACAGACGAGCUUUGGGGGCUGGCCACGCACCCCUUCAAGGACCUGUUCCUCACUUGCGCUCAGGACCGACAGGUGUGCCUGUGGAACUCUGUGGACCACUCGCUGGAAUGGACCAGGCUUCUGGAUGAGCAUGGACACUGUGCAGACUUCCACCCCAGUGGUGCAGUCGUGGCUAUCGGGACUCACUCAGGAAAGUGGUACGCUCUCGAUGCUGAGACGAGGGACCUGGUCGCCAUCCACACCGACGGGAACGAGCAGCUGUCUGUCAUGCGCUACUCCGUUGAUGGCACCCUGCUGGCAGUGGGAUCACAUGACAACUUCAUUUACCUCUACACCGUGUCGGAGAAUGGCAGGAAGUACAGCAGAUACGGGAAGUGCACUGGACAUUCCAGCUACAUCACACAUCUUGACUGGUCCCCCGACAACAAGUUCAUCAUGUCCAACUCAGGCGACUAUGAAAUCCUUUACUGGGACAUUCCAAAUGGCUGCAAGCUGAUCCGGAAUCGCUCGGAGUGCAAGGACAUUGACUGGGCCACAUAUACCUGCGUGCUGGGAUUCCACGUCUUCGGGGUGUGGCCGGAGGGUUCGGACGGGACAGAUAUCAACGCUCUGAUGAGGUCCCACAACAGGAAAGUGAUCGCGCUGGCUGAUGACUUCUGCAAAGUCCACCUCUUCCAGUACCCCUGCUCCCGACCCAAGGCCCCAAGCCACAAGUACAGCGCCCACAGCAGUCACGUGACCAACGUGAGCUUCCUGCACAGUGACAGUCACCUGGUGUCCACAGGCGGCAAGGACACCAGCAUUAUGCAGUGGCGACUGGUGGAGAAGACCCCCUCCAUACAGCCGAGCGAGAGCCUCACCCUUGGAGAGGGGCUGCUUCAAAACUCCACCCCCCGGGGUGGGGCCCCACCACCUAUUCAGACACCCACACCCACAGAGCCCACCGCGCCCGCCUUGGCCUCCCCCCAAACGGAGUCCAUCCCGGCCAACGCACCCUCCUCCGAAACGGAGUCCCUCCCGCCCGGCUUAACGUCCCCCUCCACGGAGACCGCCCCACCUCCUUUGACCUCCCCGCCUACGGGCAACACCACCCCUCCUCCCACGCCCACUGAGCCCACCCCCAAUGGACAGCAGCAGAGCUCCCCAGAAACCCCUCCCCCCUCCGACACCACCCCGCCCCCCACUGAUAGCACGCUGAGCCCCAAGGACAGCCUGGAUCCUAGCGACGACACGGCCACGCCGAGUGACGAGUACAUGCCAUCCACUCCCUCAUAAGAACCUGAGCCAGAGCCCAGAUUUCACUCUCUAUCCUGCUCUGAGCUCCCCCUGGAGGCUGUGAGGCGUAACUGCGCUCUCCAGGGGAGUGCAACGUGGGUUUAUUUUCAGGUUCUCUUUGUUUUGUUUUUUUUUUCGUUUGUUUUGAAGUCAUUGUUAAUUUCCAGAUUGGUAGGAGAAAAUGAGGGGUAUGGUCAGAGAAGGCUGGAAGGCUUAGUGUUGUGUUUUACAGGUUCAGUUGAAGGGCAAAGGGUUAGAGAAAUGAACAGCCCUACUAUCACAGAAGAUGCAGUUGAUAAAAAUGAAAGCUUGGAGAAAAGACAGACACAAAACCCACACAGACACUAACAUAU